AUGUCACGAUCUCUUGUUCCCUUUGUGAAGACGAAUAAGUCAUCUCACCCAGGCUUUGUCAAGCUUGAAGAUGAUUUCACCAACGACUGCGGAGAACUUCUGGCCCUAUUCAGAAAGAAGCCUGCAACCUAUCAACGAAUGACAAAGUUGAUAAAGUUAUUAAAUAAAAAGGUGGGAGAGUUAGACGCAGAGAAGGGGAAGUUGGCUGCAGAGGAAGCAGCCAUCCCGACCAUUGAAGAUCUGAUCCCUAAUUGGGUUCGAGUGCACGCUCCCCAAAGCAUAUCUGCCGCAUCAUCAUGCGGAAUUUCAACCAUGUCCUGCCGUUCCGGGACUCAACGGGCGGCCCCCCUUGACCCGAUUCGACAUGGGUCGAAGACAUACCAGAUACCGGAUCUCCUUCCAAGGAGGCCAUUCUAUCUCCCAGUGGUAGGGAACCCGAGUGCAGCGGUUUUCUAUUUCGGGCCUCGUGAUGGCCACGAAAUUUACGCCAGGCUUAGCCCCUGGGAUACUUUCGCACUCCCAAAGCGCAGCGUCGUAGCGGGGUCUGGGCGGCAGCUUCGGUUCGCCGAGCUGCCGGCCCAUUUUGUUCGGGAGAGGAGCAGAUUUAAGUUCCUCUGGGAGGGGCUGGCGGCGUGCCGGCGAGUUGAGGCGUGGUGCGGUGACGUAGAAAGUCACCGCUGGGGCUUCAUCGACCCCAACAAACUAACUAGGGAGGAGGCGAAGCGGGGGAGACAACUGCGUCCAUGGUUAGACAACAUGGACCACGCUCGGAUGAAGGCUCUCGACAAGAGGUUUUAUCCUGUCGGGGUCGCGACAGGUCCUCCAGUCCUUAUAGGAGGGCAAUCCGAGGCCAGUGGCCAGUCCGAGCUCACGGACGACAACGUUCCCGAAGAGGGUAUCGUUGUUCGUCCCUCUGAGCUCCAGAAAUACCUGGACGAGUUGACAGAAAGGCUGGAGAGACGGAUGGAGCAGCUUGUUGGGGAGGUUAGGACGGCCGCGGCCGGCCGAGCCAACCCCACGGGCCCUCCUCCCGCUGGAGGUAGUCCGAGUGUUCAGGCCAGAGCCACUGAUACACCGGCGACCCAAGGGCCUCAUGCUCUUGCCAGCGGCCGUGAGCCAUCCGUCUACGGCUCCAGCGAUAGUGGCGGGUCGCAAGGCCCAAAUCUCUGGGUAUACACCCCGGCGAUGACAGAGGGUGAUGGUGGUUCAUUCUGCCACCCCUCCGAGUCGGGUCCCGCCUGCAUCAUGGAUAGCUAUGAUGACGGGCACCUGAGAUUGGGUUUCCCGCCGCUGGUCCCGGCUACCUUGUGGGGGACUUACCCGUCAGAUAUCCUGCCACGAUCGGCCUGGCCCCUCCAGGGGGCCGCGAUCGAUGGCGACAACCUCAUCGCACUCUAG